AUGUCUUUUAUUAAUGAACCGAUUCUUAAUAUCAUAGUGGUAGGAUUCCAUCACAAAAAGGGCUGCCAGGUGGAACAUUGUUACCCUGAGUUGAUUCCUGGUAAACCCUACGAGCUGCCUGCAGCAUGGCGACAUUUACCGGCAUUAGCUUUACCAGAUGGAUCACAUAAUUAUCUUUCUGAUACAAUAUUUUUCAAUUUACCUGGAUUGACAGAACCAGCACACACUGUUUAUGGAGUAUCUUGUUUCCGCCAGAUACCAGUGGAACAAGUUGUUCAGAAAACAGAAGAUAUGACAAGGAGCUCUGUCCAAAAGAGUGUAUGUGUAGUUUGCCGAGCACCCCUAUUUGGCCGCCUUGCAGUUAAAAUGGAGUUAGUAGUGAGAGCCUGGUUCUUACAAGGUGAUUUUUGUCAGACAAAGCUGCUUGAAGAUGCAUACAACCACUUAAACAGUUGUCCUGUACAAAUUGAACAAACUCUUGAAGGUUUAUCUGUACAGAAAUUAGUGGAGAGUUGGAAGCAUAAAGCACUACUACUUUUUAAAUUAUUGUUGCUGCGAAGGAAAGUACUUAUUUAUGGGGCACCUGCAGGACUUCUAUCCUCUUCUUUAUUAACUUUAGUAUCAUUAUUACCAAAUUGUUUAGAAAGUGGGCUAUCUCUUGCUGCUAAUGUUAUAUUGUCAAGACCUUUAUCACCAAUUGUUGAAUCAUCUGCUGGACUAGAGACUAAAAGCAAUGACAUUGUUGAUGCAAGUGUACUGAAUCAAAAUGAAACUUUUUGUAAUGGCAUUUCACAAAUAGAUGAAGAGUUAUCUCCCAAAGAAACAGGAAAUAUGUUGGAGGAGAAGGAUAGAAUAAGCAGACAGAGUUUUGAUGAAAAUAUUUUGGCAGAUGUAGUGGAUCGGCAAGAUUUGUCACUAUUCGAUGUUCUGGUGGAGUUAAAUGAAAUGCGGAUAGAAACUGCUGAUAUGGCGUUGAGGCGGCAGCUUACUCUGGGCACUGAAGACUUGCGAUUCGCCGACCACAUAGUGCGUCAUGCUACAGCCCAAGGCGAUUCAUGGAUACGUGAUCAGUUUGCCAGUUACUUAAUUUAUCUAUUAAGGACGUCUUUGUUACCAGAAGGUAGCAGAGAAUUUGACUCUUAUAAUUCUCAAUUUAUGACUGCUUUCAAAUCUACACCGGCUUAUCAUAAAUGGUUAAAAUCAACGAAUGACGCGGAUGUCGAGUCUUUUAUAAAUCUUGUGCCAAUGCAUCCAUUCUCUGGCCAGUUGUCAGUAGCAGACAUGAAACUGAAAUUUGCACAUACUAUGUCGACUACUGAGGGCGGUCGCAAGGUGACUGCGGCGGUGGCGACGACCGGCCGCGCGGUGGCCACCACCUCGCGGGCGGUGGGCGGGGCGCUGUCGCAGGCGCGCGGCGCCCUCUCCGGCUGGUGGAGCGCGCUCACCGCGCCGGCGCCCGCCGCCGCUUCGGACACGUCGCUGGACGAGAGGCCGCCGCCCUCCGACGCAGAGGACGUCGCAGAGCAGCUGGAAGACGACAACAGGAAGGGGCCCCCCGCCGCCAGCGACGAACCCCCGGACAAGUUCAUCGAGGACACCGCCAACAGUGUCGGCAAAAUACGCGUCGUU